CUUGUUCCUCAUUUCUGGUUGCAGAGUACAACGGUGCGGACUGGUGUGCAUACGUAUGAGGAACAACUUCAAGAGGAUCUGAGUGUUUCUGAAUGACUCUGAAAUAUGCUGGAUCCAAAAGGGAACGAGACCAGAGGGAGCCAGCUUCAGUCAGCAGGGAUCAACAUUGGCAAGGAUGACAAAGACUGUGUUAACAUGGAUGUUGGACCUCCAGCGUACAUUCAAGCUUUGCACAGGAAGAACACGGUGAAAGAGCUGCUAAUGAUGAAACGUCAGAAAUGGAACUGCUCACAGGAUGGCAACAACUUGGAGCAAAAACCAAAGUUUGCAAAGUCAGAGGGAUUUGCAAAUGGCUUACAUCCUCAUCCUUAUGGUCCUCCUGUUCCAUCUAACCCCACUAUUGUUCAUAAUACUUUUCCUACCAAUACUGAUGCCACUACCCUGCAACAAGAGCAGCAUCCACCCCUACAAGAACAGGCUGAAGUAAAACUAUCUUUGUUUCAUUGGCAAAUACAGCAAGAGAUGCAGAGAGUUGGAAGGAUUUCUCUUGAGCAGCUGACCAUGCAGGAUUCAGAUGGUGAUACAUUUCUUCACAUUGCCGUUGCACAAGGUAGACGAGCUCUUGCUUUUGCGCUUGCUGCCAGAAUGGCUACCUGCAGCUCUCUGGACAUGAAGGAACACAACCGGCAGACAGCACUUCAAAUUGCCGCUGCCUCCAAUCAGCACUUAAUUGUUCAGGACCUGCUGGGACAUGGCGCUGAUAUCAACAGCCGGGACCUGUGGGGCCGCUCUCCUCUGCAUGUGUGUGCUGAAAAAGGUCAUCCUCUUAGUCUUCGGAGCAUUUGGACAACCCUGAUGGGGAGUGGGAGACAGAUUGAUGUUGAAAUGUACAAUUAUGAUGGUUUAACUCCGCUGCACUCAGCAGUCUUGUCCCACAAUGCUGUUGUUAAAGAGCAGAGGAGGCAGGGAAAUGCUUGUUCCUUCAUGAUGACAGAGCAGCAGCAGAGGAAGCAGACUUAUAUCGAUUGUAUUAAGACUCUGCUGCUUAUGGGCGCCUCUUAUGCAACAAAGGAUUUAAAAAGCGGACGUACGUGUUUGCACAUGGCUGCUGAGGAGGCAAAUAUGGAUCUCUUUCACAUCUUCUUCCAAGAUCCAUCCUCGCUGUCAAUUGUGAAUGUUAAGACAUUCAGUGGCAACACACCCCUGCACAUCGCCAGCUCUGUGCAAAGCAGCAACGGUCAAGUGGAGGCGGUGAAGCUGCUUAUGCAAAAAGGAGCUGACCCUGGGAUCAAGAACUUGGAGAACGAUCUGGCGUUUCAGCUGGUGCCUGAAGGACCCGUAGGUGAAAAGUUGCGGAAGAUCCUCAAAGGGAAGUACCACCAUGCUUAAGUAAACCUUACAGAAUACUGUCAGUCAGACAGUCCAAUCUAUUUCAUAUUUGCCCAACAAGGCAGAUGCUGGUUGUUUCCAUGAAACAUACAAGUUGUUCAUUACCAUGUAAAUGCUAGGAGAGAAAGUGGGAUGAUUAUUUAAAAUGUUAUGGGGUUUUUUGCUUUUGUUUACUUUUAUUUUUAGAAAUGAUGUUUUAAAUUUGGUGUAAAAUGAGCACAUGUACGUGUGUGCUUGUUCAUGUUUUGAUUGUUGAUUUACGAGGAUUUCAUGUGUUUUUACUGUAAAACAAAAACAAUUUACAAGAGAUCAGCUCUACACUUUCUUAUAGUUUCCAUGUUGUAAGGAUUUGCUUAAUGAACCUCCUAAGACCUGAGCUUUUCUUUUCUAGUAUAGUUUAUUUGGGAUAAUGUCAGCCUUAUUUUUGAACCAGGAUUAGUUUUUUUUAUCAGAAAAUGAUGUUUACAAUUUUCCUGAAGGUCCUGUGUCUGUAGAAAAUAAGUACUGGAUCGGUUUUAGAGCAGAUUUUUAGUUGGCCAGUUGUUGGGGGGGGGGGCCUUAAGGCUGUCAGAAACUGUGUCAGUCAUUCAGUGACAAAAAAAGUCCCCUGAACCCCACCCCCCAAAAAAAAAUCCCGUGAUGGAAAAAAAAAUUCCAUGAAAGUUGUUUCAGAAAUUCAGAAGACAACCCCCAAAAUUUCCAAUCUAAUUACCAAAAA